UUUUUCGGUCCGCCGCGCAUGGCGCAUAUAUAUGGCCCUGUGGAGCACAAUCACGCAUCAUUCACAGUCAGGACUUUGCUGACUUCAGUGCAACCAAGGAACGCAGCAUCAUGAAGUUCAUGCUCGUGGCCGCCAGUCUGGUGGCUGUUUUGGCCUUCGCGCAUGCAGAAGAAGCCAAAGCAGCAGACAAAGAAGUGGCAGCGACCGAUAGUAAGACGGCAACUGAAGACAAAAAACACGAGAAACGUGGACUUAUUGGUCUUGGAUAUGGACACGGUGGAUUUGAAGGAAGCUAUGGAGGCGGUUAUGGGGGCUCAAUUGGUGGCCAUGGAGGCGGUUACGGGGGCUCAAUUGGUGGCCAUGGAGGCGGUUACGGGGGCUCAAUUGGUGGCUAUGGAGGUGGCUACGGAGGUGGCUUCGGAAGUGGAUACGGAGGAGGCUAUGGUGGUGGUUUUGGAGGAUACGGUGGGCAUGAAGAAACCCACAAGACAAUCACCGUGGUAAAGAACGUCGCUGUUCCAUAUCCAGUAGAAAAACACAUCCCAGUACCCGUUGAGAAACACGUUCCAGUGCCAGUGAAAGUCCACGUUCCCCAGCCUUACCCAGUCGUCAAACAUGUUCCUUACCCAGUUAAAGAACUAGUGAAGGUACCUGUUCAUGUUCCACAGCCAUACCCAGUCGAGAAGAAAGUUCCAUACCCAGUACAUGUGCCAGUCGACAGGCCUGUCCCCGUCAAAGUCUACGUGCCCCAACCUUACCCCGUUGAAAAGGAAGUCCAUGUCCCUGUUCACGUUCCCGUGCCAGCUCCGUACCCAGUAGAAAAGAAAGUUCCCUACCCAGUGAAGGUACCGGUACACGUACCUGCUCCUUACCCAGUCGUUAAAGAGGUUCACGUACCCGUCAAGGUUCCAGUCGAUAGACCUUACCCAGUACACGUUCCUAAGCCAGUGCCUUACCCAGUCGAAAAGCCCGUUCCCUACCCAGUAGAAAAACCAGUGCCCUAUCCAGUCAAGGUUCACGUUGACAGACCAUACCCAGUACAUGUUGACAAACCGGUGCCUUACCCCGUCAAAGUUCCAGUACCAGCACCUUACCCCGUUGAGAAACACAUUCCAGUGCCAGUAGAGAAACAUGUCCCAGUUCCAGUUAAGGUUCUCGUAGACAGGCCAUACCCAGUGCACAUCGAAAAACACGUACCAUACCACGUUGAGAAACCCGUGCCGUACCCAGUCAAGGUCCCAUAUCCAGUUGUCGUCAAACACGGUCACGAGUACGGACAUCAUGGAAGCUAUUAAAUGGCUGCAGGAAGGAGAUGCUCUAUUGUGAUAUUAAUCAGAUCUUAGUAUAGCACGUUACUAAAUAGUUUGUGAGUUUACUCCCAGUGUUAAUUUCGGUAACAGCUAGAUCUCUUUAUAUAAUACUCUGUAUAGGAACUAUUUGCACUGAAACUAUUUUCUAACCCUUGUUAUUUUUUGUAUAAAAUGUAUUGUUGUUUUCGAACGAAUCUUUUAUGUUGUAACGAAUAUUUGAGUUGAUGUACCUGUUAUUUAAGAAACGAAAUGAUAAACUUUUUCUACGAAAUGUUACCAGUAUUUUUGUAAGAAUAAACUUGGCAUUGCCAAAUGAAAGAAA